AUGGUCGAGACAUCAGCUACCCCAAGUUGUCCCAUUGUCGUGGACCAAGAUGGAGAGGCAUACCUGCCCAUCGCCGGUCAUCCCAAUCUUCGCCUCACCCUGCGAAAAGAGAGCGAUACUGAAGCUAUCAUGGAAAUCGCAAACACCCCCGAAAUCAGUCAAUGGUACCGCUUCCGCGCCGUCCCCUUCCUCCUCUCCGACGCCCAGAAAGAAAACGCCGAGAUACCCCUCGCCUCCGCCUACCUCCAAAAGAUCACCUCGUCCCUCCCAAACAGGCCGGAAGGAGCGCCUGAUGGGGCCCUGCCGAUAAGAAUGCCAUUCAAUAUUCUACGCGAUGUUUCUACAGGCAAAGCUAUGGGCUCGUUCCGUUUCGGCGGCCCGGGCAUGGACUUUGGACCAGGGAGAGAGAAUGCGUGGGAAGCGAGCUAUGAAAUUGGACCUACGCUGUGGGGGAAGGGCGUUGGGACGAGGGUGGUUGGGGCUGCGUUGGACUAUGCGAGAUGGAUCGGGGUAAAGUUGGUCAUCGGAGUCGUUCAAAAGGUCAACCUCGGCUCGAGCGGAGUGCUUAGGAAGAACGGGUUCACCCAAUUCUUGGAGUUCCAAGACGAAUGGCCCGCUGAGAGGGGAGGCGGUAUCAAGACUGUUUGUGCGUAUGAGGUUGCAUUGUAG